AUGAAUAUAGAUCGACAAUUUAAAUCAGUGUUUAUUGUCAAUACAUACUUGCAUAGCGUGAUCAUCAAACAUAUAAAACAAAUCAAUCGAUUACUAUCAGCACCGUAUGAUCGCAAAAGCUAUUAUUACGAACCGAUCGGAUACUACAACUGGUAUCAAUUAACCGAGUAUCCUAUUCAACUUGCAAGACAUGGUUACUUUGAUCAACUACAAUCAACUCUACUAGUAUUAGAACAAAAGUAUGCAAAUUUUAAAUGGUUUGGUGAUGAUGAUGAUGACAGUGGUGGUUACCAACAAGCAGAUAAUUAUAACCAUAAACGUAAAUGGAUACCAAAUUUAAAAGAGAUUAUUAGAUCUUCAAUGCGAUACCCAUUUAUAUUAAAGAAUCUUGGUCAUAUUAUAAACAAACCAUAUCAAGAUGAUCAUAGUUGUGUUAUCAACAAGAGAAACAAGUUUAUUCAAGAGUUUAUGUAUACAAGAUAUGGAGUGGACAACUUGGAAGAGUUUAUAGAAACUGUAACUACAUUUUCUCUUAAAGCUGGUGACAUGUCACAAAUCAAAUGGAUAGAAUCUAUUCACAAUAAUGACAGUAUACUCAAUGUAAUGAAAAAGUAUACGAUUAGUGAUACAUGUUUCUUUCAAUCGAGUAAUCAAGAGUUUGUCUAUUCGUGUCUCACAAGAUAUCCAGAACUAUUAGGCAACUUUGAAUUGACCAUGUAUCUUCGUGACAGAGAAAAUACAACAAUGAUCAACAACCUUUUCGACAAUGACAUGCAUCGAAUCGAAAAUAGUCUUCCACGAACCAUUCUACACUCAUCCAUGAAAAGAAAUCAUCCACGUGCCAUCGAAAUCAUUCAUUAUUUUGGAAAGAAUGAAUCUCUUAAAAGGGUACUUCUUGGUCCGAAUGCAUUAGAUAAUGCAUGUUUGUCACCUGGUGGUUUACCUAUUCUUCUCAACAUGGUCGAGUAUUUUCCAGGCCAUUUGAGAACACUGACUCAAUCUGGAAUGGAUAGAGCAAUCAUUAGAGGUCAUGUAGAUCUUGUUAGGUACAUCUUGGAUAACACAAAGCUCACAAUCAAUAUGGACAUGGCAGCUACAGAAGGACAAAUUAAAAUUCUUAAAUUGGGUUACUCUAACCCAAACGAACAACAACAACAGCAAAUCACACAACAAUCGUUGAUAUCUGCAGUCAAUGGACAUUUGGAUACAUUUAAAUGGGUUAUCGACAAGUAUCCAUCAAUGUUGUUCAAUAUUGACGAUCCUUAUUUUAAAAGAGCAAUUUCAAGUGAAAAUAGUAAUGCAGAGAUGUUUAAACUCAUCCCACACGAGAUUAUCAACUUUGACUUGGUGAUGGAAAUUGCAAUCGAACAAGAGAGAUUGGAUUUUGUUCAAGUAAUCGUUCAACUUGCCAAUCAAAUUGGAUACACCUUUAAACAACCAUCUUUUUUACCAAUCGUUUGUCAGAAACCAAAAUCAGUGUUCUUUACGUCCAACUCUAAAAUAGAAAUAUUUAAAUAUCUAUAUGAACAAGGACACGUUAAAUAUUUUGGUGAUAAUAAUUACGAACAACAUUUAACUGCAUUGUAUAAUUGUUUGGAAUAUGGAUGGCAUGAACCCGCUAGAUUGCUAAUUGGAAUAUUACAGAAAAUGUGUGGAGAAUAUGCAAGAGAUCGAUACCUCCCUCGCAAAGAAUCAAUAGACAAGGCUCUACGAAGCUACAAUAUCGAUACCAUCAAAUUAAUACUCGAGUAUUAUUCAGUCGAUGAAUUUCCACGAGUAAAAGAAAAUGAUUUUUUCAACUAUUCAAUUGAAGAAUCCAAAGAUCCAGAACUCGUCCAAUUCCUCUACCACACUUUUAAAGAUCAAGAUACAUUAACAGUCAGCCAAUUUGUCUCUAUUCACAGUCAUCGAACAUUCAAAUUUUUGCUAGCAAACCAUUUAAUCAAUGCCAACAUGUACAAAAAUAAAUUUCAUUACAAUACUAUUGGUAUUCCUCCUUACAAUAACAUUGAUACAAUUAUAAAAGAAGCAGAUGAAUUAUUUAAAACAGCAAGAUAUGAUGCCUCGGUAGAGAAAUAUACAAUGGCAAUCGAUAUGAUUGGAGAUGCAAGCAGUGAGAGCAGUGACAUGUCGAGCAAGUUGACAUCUGUACUAUUUAAACGUGCAGGUAUCUACCAAACCAAGGGAAAGAACAUUUUGGCAUUAUCAGAUCUCAACAGAGCACUUCAAUACAAUCCAACCAAUGUUCACGCCAAGUUAAAGCGUGCCAAGAUUCUUACAUCACUCGGUCGUUUUGAAGAUGCAACCGAUGAAUACAAAUCGGUUCUAAAGACAAAACCAGACAAUCCAGAAGCAAAGAAACAACUUGCACUCAUUCAAAAGACAUCUAGUCAACUCGAACAAGCAAAGGAAUUGUAUGAAGGCAACAAAUUGAAUGAUCUCUUGCCAGUAUUGAAUAGUAUUCUCGAAUCUACACCAGAUAACAAACAAUCACGUCUUUGGAGAUGCGAAUGUUCCUUUAACAUCAAGGACUAUCGUCGUGUUAUCGAUGACACCACAGCAGUACUCAAAGCCGAUGGAUCAAAUCUAGAAGCAAUGUAUUGGAGAGCUAAAGCUUUCUUUGCACUUGGUGAAAAGGAUGCUGCUUUAAAGUUUAUUAAAGAUGGUUUGAAAUUUGAUUCAGAUCACUCAAAAUUAAAACAAGAAUUAACUAGAAUUACCAAAUUUGAUAGAAAUACUAAAGAGGCAAAUGAUUUCUUUGUUCAAGGAAGAUAUGAAGAAUCAUUAAGAGAAACAAAUAGUGCAUUAGAACUUGAACCAAAUCAUCCACAAUAUUCACCAUCACUUUACCUUUUAAAAUGUAAAGUAUUAUUAAAAUUAAGAAAGGGACAAGAUGCCAUCAACGCAUGCGGCAAAUCGAUAGAAUUGGAUGAUAAUUCAGCAGAUGCAUACUAUAAUCGUGGAGAAGCAUUCAUGUACACGGAAGAGUAUGAUCGUGCAUUGGCAGACUUCCAAAAGGCUCAUGAAAAGAGUCCAAACGAUCACAACAUUAUGGACGGUAUUAGACGUGCACAACAGAAACAAAAGCAAGCCAAACGUAAAGACUAUUACAAGUUGUUGGGUGUCGACAAGGGUGCUACACCACAAGAGAUUAAAAAGGCAUUCAAGAAGCUUGCAUUGACACAUCAUCCAGACAAGGGUGAUCAAAGUGAAGAAUCAAAGAAAAAGUAUGUCGAAAUGACAGAGGCCUAUGAAACACUCAUCGACCAAGACAAACGUGAUAGAUACGAUCGUGGUGAAGAUGUCAAUGAUCCAAUGGCUGGCCGUCAACAACAACAAGGAUUUGGUGGUGGUUUCCCAUUCGGAGGUGGUUUUGGAUUUGGUGGUGGCGGUGGUGGUGGUCAUCAUCACCAACAACAACAACAUUUUACUUUUAAUUUUGGUGGAUUUGGUCAUUAA